CUCUGCUUCAUGGUUCUGGUAUGAUCUCUUUGCAUAUAUAGUGCUCAAAGUGGUCACGUAAUUUGCAGCUUAGCUCUGUUCUCUAUUUCCAGAAACGUGGGUCCCUUGCUUCCUUAUGCCCCUCUAUGCCUAACCCACGAUAGUGACCUAGCCUCAAAACAUCUCGGUUCAAUUCCUUGAAUGUCCAAACAAAGCGUCUGCUCAUUUUGCAUGCCUGGCGACUAUAGGACUUGCUCUGUGCUAUACAUAGCCGGCCCCUUUACCACACACCUCAGCUAGAACACCCUUAACCAAACAUGAAAUUCUUCCAUAUUCUCACUGGGUUUUUCUUCAUUUUCACAUGUUUGUGCUUUCUUCCAAUUCACGGUAGACUUUACAGUAACAGUAUAUCGUUAUCACCUUCUGCCGCACCUGAUGCUCUUAGCCCAAGUUACGAUGGCAAUGGACCUCCUGUUUAUAACAUAAGAUCCUUUGGUGCUGUUGGAGAUGGCGUCUCUGAUGAUACCCAAGCAUUCAAAUUGGCCUGGGACACAGCAUGUCAGGCUGAAGAAACAGGAACCCUCCUCGUUCCAGAUGGUUAUAUCUUCAUGAUACAGUCAACUAUAUUCACAGGGCCUUGUAAAACUACCAUCACAUUUCAGAUUGAGGGAACUGUUGUGGCACCGGAUGGGCCUGAUUCAUGGCCUAGUUAUAGCAGCAAGAGACAAUGGCUAGUUUUCUACAGAAUCAAUGGACUCUCAAUGCAGGGUACUGGAGUUAUUGAUGGCAGAGGAGAGAAAUGGUGGGAUCUCCCUUGUAAACCCCACCAUCACAAAGGAAACAAAGAUCACGGUCCAUGUGAUAGCCCGGUUGCCAUCAGAUUCUUCAUGAGUUCCAAUGUAACAGUGCAGGGAGUUAAAGUCAUGAACAGCCCUCAAUUUCAUUUUCGAUUUGACGGCUGCCAAGACGUCCAUGUAGAAAAGCUUGUCAUAAAAUCCCCUGCUUUAAGUCCCAACACUGAUGGAAUUCACAUUGAGAAGACAAAUAAUGUCCAAAUUUAUAAUUCGCUCAUCUCCAAUGGUGAUGACUGUGUGUCAAUCGGAGCUGGCUGUUACAAUGUGGACAUAAAGAAUAUAACGUGCGGUCCAAGUCAUGGGAUAAGCAUCGGCAGCCUUGGAAAUCACAAUUCCAGAGCUUGUGCGUCCAACAUAAGAGUGACCGAAUCAGUGAUAAAGCACUCAGAUAAUGGGGUUCGGAUAAAGACAUGGCAGGGGGGAGUAGGAGCGGUGUCCAACGUAACAUUCAGUAACAUCUUCAUGGACAUUGUUCGAAAUCCAAUCAUCAUUGACCAAUACUACUGUCUCUCCAAGAACUGCCUCAACCAGACAUCAUCUGUUUUUGUUUCCAACGUUUCAUAUUCCAACAUCAAAGGUACUUAUGAUGUGAGGAGCCCACCAAUGCGUUUCGCCUGCAGUGACUCUGUUCCGUGCACGAACCUCACCCUAUCAGAAGUGGAGCUUAUUCCCGCACAAGGCCAACUUCUGGCCAACCCAUUCUGCUGGAAUGCCUAUGGAACUAUGCAGACACUUACUAUCCCACCAGUUUUGUGUCUUUUAGAGGGAAAUCCACAGACUUUGCCUCAAGUUGAUACUGUAGGGUGUUAGACGGCAAUGGUUUAAGUAAAUAUUGCUAUAACCCUGUACUAAAAAAAAAAGAAAACAAAAAAAAAAGAACCCUAGGACUAGGAGGGGGCAAAAAAAGAAAAAGCGUAUCUGCAACAAUAGCAUAAACAGGUGUGUAUGAAAUGAAAUCUACAGAAGAGAAUUUAAGUAGCAAAAAGAAAAAGGCCUCCUUGUAUAACUUACCGUAUCAUACUUUUACUCGAUGAAAACUAACUCCAUACA